AUGGUCACCCGUGAGGAUGGCAGCAGCCACGAGGUGCCCCGAACCCGCGUGAUCGCUUGGUAUGAAGGUCUUCUUGUUUUGCAAGAGCUUGAGGCGAGAAGGGAUGCCAGGAUCACUUGGUUUGACGACCGCUUCCGCAAGCUCUUGACUCAGGAGCGCAAGAAGCGGAAGGUCAGCGGUAUCCUCUACCUUGAAAAGAAGCUGUUGAACCUCUCUGUCACAGGUAAGCGGUUCGAGGAUGCUGAAGGAAUUUCCUUUGUUCAUAGACGGCCGGGAGUGAAGGACGCGGACAUUCCUGAAGACAAGGACGAGGAUCCAACGCCUGACGGGUUCCGCAUUGCGGACAUCACUGGCUACAUGCCCCCUUGGGAGGCCUGGUGCCACGAGCAUGCUGGCUUCUACCAGGACUUCUACCGGGUGCACUGGCAGGAUGAUAAGGGCACGGCCUGGGCAGGAAUGAACCUUUCAAAAGUGGAGAAUGGUGCCGCCGAAGCAGGUUCGACUUGGGAGCCUGACGACUGCAUACCGGCCAGCCUUGAUGGCAUGAGGCUGCGCGAAAAGACCAGAUGGCUCAAGCGUAAGCAUGAGCAGGAGCAGAAGGAGAAAGCCGAGAAGGACAAGGAAGAGGCUGAGCGAAGGCCAGAGCCGCCACCCGCAAAAAUGGCUCGGUACAAGCGCGAUGGCAGUCCGCUCCUCCGGGACAUGUUCCGCCUGAAGAGGGGCCAUGACUUCAAUCCGCCGCAAGCAGGCAAAGAUCCAGAUGUCCGAAGUGGUUGGCCCAAGAGAGCCGAGGACUAUCCGCCCGGCUACGGCUGCGCAGACCCACCGGGUCUUUGCAGGGCCAGCUGCGACUGCAUGGAUGAUAAUCGGAGCCAGAAGCCCUGGGAAACGACCAAGGAGUGGCUCGAAGAUCCGAAACGUGCGUCGGAUGCUAAGAAGGCCAUCGAAGCGCUGAGCGCGCAGCAGCGCUUCGUCAGGAGGAGGGGCACGACUUCGAACUUCCACUACUUUGAGACCGCCCAGACGCGCCAGGCGGACCAGACUCAUACAAACGCAGCGAUGUAUCUGUGCAAGGUCUUGGAGGAGUCGGUCCGAUCCGUGCUGAAGGAUCUACCUAUUCUUGCUCUCCAGGAGAACGGAGAUUCUGUGCGAAUACCAGCUGGUGCCCUUAUGAAGCCGUCCGAGGAUUAUGUGCCAGUUCAGUUUCAGCUGUCGCAGACGUCCUCUGCUCGAAAAUGGCUGUGCCUCGGCGAGGAGGAUGGCAAGCUUUCCCUCAUUGGGAGGGGGCCGCCAAGCAGGCCGGCGCCGUUCAGAGUGGAGUUCGUCCACCCGGAGGGGAUGACUGCAGUCGUGGAUUGCAUGGUCACCGACGCCCAGGUGAAGUCUUGGCUGUCGGCCUCGUCAAGGAUCGUGGCGCGGUUCACGGAUGUCGCGCACUGUCCUUUGUCUCGCAAAUCUCGCGGUGUUCUGCAGGAGCAUCUUGGAAAGAUCUUUGACUUCGGAACGAAAGUGGCGAAGGAAGUUUCCCUUGGCCGCUGGCUCGACGUCGUGGACAUGCUUAUCCGCAUGCUCAGGACGACUGCAAUGGCUCAUGUGGUGAAGCCUGAUUCUCCCUCCUCUCGGCCCCCACGAGCUUCAGCAGUCGCUCCAGCCCGAUAA